AUGUUGCCUUUUGGGGAUUUUUUGGGGGAUUUGCGCAAGCACUUGAUAUCUGCCUCCGCGCAUAUCAUUCAUUAUGGUUGUGGUGGAGGAAUUUGCGACUCAGAGUUGGUGAAGCGACUGCGUGCUGACAUGCGACUUUCAGAGGUCGACAGAGCCAUUGAUAAUCUCGUUAAGAGCGGGAAGAUGUUUGGAGGCCCCGGCCGACCUGUUCUCGCUGAAUUGUCUUCCUACGGCAACAAGCCCGAUCGUACCCUCAGCCCAAGCGGUAUGUCCGAGGAUGAUCGCCGUGAACUCAUUGCGCGUCAGCGCGAGGCCCUCUAUCGCGAGGGAGCCGCCAGCUACGUUGAUGAAACUGGUACUCCACGCUCGGGUCCGCCAGCGCCUCCAAACGGGCCAGCUAGCAUGCGCGGACAGUCUCCAUUGACCUAUGAAUACGGUCGCACUCCACCGAUCCACCCCGAUGCUGGAUCACAACCUCCUGUUGAAGGUGCGCAGGGAUCGCAGUCCGCAGGACCAAACCAACGGUCGCGUGCAAACAGCAAUGCCAGCCCUCAAUCCAACAAUGCUGGAAACAAGGGCGUGUUUGAAGGCACAAGCCGUACCAGCAACUCUUCUCCUGGCGGAUCCCCGAGCAAUGUGAAGCCGCAGGGCGGCAAUGCCGUAGCGCCAAUUGGUACACGGCCGUCCGGCACUGUGCCUGGAGCGUCAAACCAAGCCGCACAGAAUCCGGCUCUAAACAAGCGCUCGACGACGCCGCUGCCUUCUCCUCUCAGCCAAGGCUACAGUGCUCCAGGAAGCGGUGACAACAACACGCCUACAAGCACGGGUGCUCCGUCCAACCCAACAUCAGCAGCCGGCGAGGGACCAGUUGGUCUGUCUGGUUGGGGUGGCCGCCCUGGUGUCUGGGGCAACAAGUCUGGCCUAGGAGUUCAGGCUAGCGUCUGGGGCUAA